UGACAGGUGAGCGCGCGCAGCUGGCUGGUCGCUCUGGCGCUUGACAGAUGGAGUUGGUGUGACUCGGAAUCAGGGCUGAAAGAAUCCGGGGGAAAAAAACGGGAAGAAGUUCAGGUUUUAAUCUGCAAUGAGAGCUGAACAGACUGAAAAUGGAGAAAACUCAACAAACUCGCAGAGCGAAAUGCUGAUCAACCAGCUGAGGGAGAUCACUGGCAUCCAGGACCCACAGAUUCUCUACAGAGCCUUGAAUGCCAGUCAGGGUGACAUUGGACAUGCUGUUGGACUGCUAACAACACAGCCUGCAGAGGUUCAGGAUCCUGGAGAACCACAGGAGUCAGGGACCUCUGGAGAAGCCUGGGAGGGCCAAAAAGGGAUUCGUAAAGAUGAACUUCAGGCCGCCAUAGAACUCAGCCUGCAGGAGUCCCACAAUGCCCAGGAGGAGGAGAGGGAAUUUCAUAGAGCUCUGGAGGCCAGUGCGGAGGAGAAUGCAGCAAGAAUGAAGAGGAAAAGAUGUGAAGCCCAGAGUGAGAUGUGCAGCCCUGCAGACUGGAUCCGUCAGGACGACUGGCCUGUGGGCAUUCGCAAUGUGGGAAACACCUGCUGGUUCAGUGCCGUCAUACAGUCACUGUUCCAUCUGCCUGUGUUCAGGAGGCUGGUUCUCAACUACCAUCUGUCUGAGCGAGUCCUGGAGAAGUGUAAGAGCCAUUCAGAUAAGAGGAACAUAGCUUUCAUGCAGGAGCUGCGCUGUCUGUUCGCCCUCAUGGUGGGCUCCACUCGCAGGUUUGUCGAUCCUUCUGCAGCCGUGGAGUUACUGCGAGACGCCUUCAGGACCAAUGAGGCCCAACAGGAUGUCAGUGAGUUUUCCCACAAACUGCUUGACUGGCUAGAGGAUGCAUUUCAGCUGGCUGCCAGUGGAAAUAACGCAGAAGACAAACAACAGAACCCCAUGGUCCAGCUUUUCUAUGGCACCUUUGUGACAGAAAGAAGACAUGAAGGUAAGACGUUAUGUAACACUGAGCAGUUCGGCCAGUACCCCCUUCAAGUCAAUGGCUUCAACAACCUGGAUGAAUGCCUAGAAGGCGCUAUGGUCGAGAAGGAGAUUGAGUCACUGCAUUCGGAUCACAGCAUUACAUCUGGCCGCGAGAGAUGGUUCAAAAAGUUACCACCAGUCUUGACGUUUGAACUGUCUAGAUUUGAAUUCAACACCCAGCUCGGUCGUCCCGAGAAGAUACACAAGAAACUGGAGUUCCCACAAAUCAUUUAUAUGGACAGAUAUCUUCACAAGAACAUAGAGCAGACCCAUGAGAGGAGAGGAGAAGUGAAAAAACUCAAGGAGCAACUUGCAGUCCUUCAACAGAAAUACGAGUGCUACAAAAACUAUGGCUCAGGACCUACCAAGUAUCCUCUGGCAGACAUGCUGCAGUUUGUUUUGGAGUUUGCUACCACCAAGCCCACGAGUGUUUCCCCUGCUGAAGACCUGAGAGUAGCUGCAGCUUCACCGACUCCUGCGAGCCACCCUCUCAGUGAACCCAAAGACAACAGUGAACCUGGAAACUCAGAUUCAUCCGAGGGCCUGGCUUCCAGUGUUUCAAGUUGCCAGCGGACCCCCAUAUACAAGCCCUUCACACAGUGCAGACACCCUGUCGACUGCUCACCACACCCAGCUCCACACAGCAUCACUGAAGAAGAGCUCCACUUUGUUAAGACCUGCCUACAGCGCUGGAGGACCGAAGUAGAAAAUGAUAUAAAUGAGUUAAAGGCCAGCAUCGACAGGCUCACUCAGAUGCUCGAGGGCAUGUACUCAGACAACAGUCUCUGCCAGGUACCAUACAGACUCCAUGCAGUGCUUGUCCAUGAAGGCCAGGCAUCAGCAGGCCAUUACUGGGCCUACAUCUAUGACCACGCCAACCAGCGCUGGAUGAAGUACAAUGAUGUUAGCAUCACCGAAUCAUCAUGGGAGGAGCUGGAGCGAGACUCGUUCGGGGGAAUGACCAAUGCCAGUGCCUACUGCCUGAUGUAUAUUGACGACAGGCUUCCCCACCUUAUUACAGAAGACACAGAUGAUGAGACGGGCCAGGUGCUGCAUGGCAUGGACUCCCUGCCGCCCGUCCUCAGGCGCUACGUCCAUGAAGACAACCGCUGGUUCCAGCAGGAGCUCAGUGAAUGGGAGGAGCAGUUCUGCCAGGUGGCAACCCCACAGGGAGAGUCUACAACAUCCGCGGAGCCUCCAAAUCCUGGUACAGACAAUAUACAGCAAACACCUGUUGAGCCAGCACCCCAGUCAGGACCCUCCACUGAAGAGCUGGACCAGGGAGCUGCUUCAGAGCCACAAGCGGAUCCAGAGGCAGAGGGGGAUCCAGAGCCCGAUACCAGAGAGAAAGCUGAAGAAGAAUCAGAGUUAACACCACCACCACCACCACCACCACAGAGUCCUGGCUGCCAGCCAGACGACAGCAGCAGUGCAGCCAUCACCGACACCCCGGGGCCAAGCCAGAGCUCCACCUCAGCUGAGAAGGAGCUGCAGAGUCAGACUCCUGGCCCUGAAGCAGAGCUUAGUAACCAGGCAUCAUCUGACCUUGAUGUGAAUAAGGAUGACACAGAGGUGGCAGGCCUCAGCUCUGAAGCUGAAGGUGAGCCGGAGGCUUCCAGAGAAGCUCCUGAGCAUGAAGCAGUGCAGGAAGAUGAGGAGCAGCGGCAGGAGGUCCUGGCUAGACAGCGACAGACUGAGAACGAGGUCUCAGAAGUGGAGAUCCCCAACGUGGGUAGGAUCAUGGUGCGGGCUGAUGCCGAUGGAUACAAUGAAGAAAUGAUGCUGACUCCAGCCAUGCAGGGCGUCAUUCUGGCCAUAGCCAAGGCCAGACAAACUUUUGACAAGGAAGGUCCUGAGGCUGGCCUCAUCAAGGCCUUCCACGAGGAGUAUUCCCGCUUGUAUGAGCUCUCCCAGGAGGAGACUACACCCCAAGAGGAUGCUCGUCUGCAGCACGCUCUGGUCUACUUCUUCCAGAACAAGGCACCCAAGCGCAUAAUUGAGAGAACACUGCUGGAGCAGUUUACUGACCGGAACCUGAGCUUCGAUGAGAGGGCCAUCAGUAUCAUGAGGGAAGCUCGAACCAAGCUGCGCCUCAUCAAGCCAGAAGACAUGGACAUGGAUGAAUACAUGCAGUGGCACGAUGACUACAGGCUGUUCAGGACAGUGUUUGUCUACCUGCUGACUGGGCUGGAGCACUACCAACACAGGAAGAUGCGGGAGGCACUGAAUUACCUGGCUCAUGCGUAUGAGACCAACGCCACUCUGCUGAGGAAUGGAGAGAAACGUGGCGUGGACAAUUCUCUUAUUGCAGUGUACAGGAGGAAAUGCCUCACGGCGUUGAACGAAAGUGCAUCGCGGCUGUUUUGCAGCGGUGAGGGGAGCAAGGUGGAGGAGGGAGUCUCCAUCAUGGAUGAGGCCGUAAUCCCCUGCCUUCACCUGAUGAGCCGGGACUCGGCUUUAUCCCAGGAAGACCGGGACGCCAUGGAGAGCAUCCGCAGCCACUGGUGCUGCUGCCUGGGCCAGGACAUGGAUGACUCAUUGCAGAUGAAGCUGGGUGAGUUGCUUCCCAGGGUUCUGGAUGGUUCGGCUGAGACAGUCAUGCUCAAAGACCCACCCAAAGUCCACGUCAACCAGGCCCACGACCUGUGCAGUCGCCUGGCCGCUGUCAUGGAGUCCAUUCACAACACCUCGAUAGUCAUCGUUAAGUAAAGUUCUGAAUGAAACUCCCCAACGGCCUCCUUCAACCGUGCGUCCUUAUUGCGAGCAGCUUGGAUGUUGGAUCGUUCUGUGCCGACAGACUGUGGGUUUGAGACAUCAUGUAGUUUUCAACAGGCCAAUUUGUGUUUUUCAUUUUAUCUGCUAGUUUGGCAUUGCACAUGAAUAUCAUUAAGCUGUAAGCACUCAUCAGGGGUAGGUAGGAGGAUGGGGCAGGGCUGGGGCACCACAUGAAUACUUGCUCAUUACAACAGCAUUACCACAUCAAGAAAAUUUAACCCAGAAGCCUUUAAGAAGUUCUCAACAGGCUUUAGAGCCCUGAAAAUGAUCAAAUUACAUCCUCAGAAGUGUUCCCUCUGCUUGCCCAUCACCAUUAAAAAAAGAACCACUGACAAUAUUUAAAAGUCGUAAUGGCCUUAAAACAGCAGCAGGUUAUGCAAAAGAGGCCUUUAAGGUAGCAGCCCACUGUAUUUUUUUCCUAUAACCUGCAGAAUUGACAACCGCCACAAAGUUCUUUUAUUGACCGAAUAUCAGUUAACAUCUACACAUUAUGACCUUUUUGCCUCAGAUUCUCUUUGUCUGUAAAUACACACUUUUGGUACCUUCUCUCAAGAGAACAUUAUUUACUUGCAUACAGCUCACCCAAUCACCCAAACUAUUAUUCAUGAAACCAACCUGCUGAACAUGGAACCAAAUUACGUCAGCAGAACAACGAAGCAUUAAAUUCUGAGUGGCACUCUCAAAAAAAAAAAAAGAAAAUCAUAUGUGUACAUGUUUUACUGACUGGCAAACUUGUUGACUUUAAAUACGGGCAACUGUCACUCAGCUCUGCAGGGAGUGACUAGAUGGUUGAUUGUGUUGCUAAGCAGUGUGAACGCACGAUGAAGCCUUUAGAUGAGGCUUUAAAAGAAAUCACUAGAUUUGUACUGCACAGUAACAAAUAAUGUUUAUUAGCUUUUUUAAAAAUAUAUGUUUUAUAUUACUUUGUAUACUUCCAAAACAGACUCUAGACAAUUUUACAGGUAGAUGAAGUUCACAAAGAUAUUUACAGCACGGUUAUGCAUAAAAAUAUUAAUGGCAGGGUGUUCUGUACAACUUUUUAAAAAAGGGAUGCUGCACACUCAGAUCUCAGUGUAUCUGUGGACUGGAUCUAAUAGUGAGUGGCAGCUCUUCUUUGUGUGACAGUUCCCUGUUGGACAGCACCUUGCAUAUACGGAUGUGCCUUUUCUGCUUUUUUUAAGGGCUCUCUGUAAACCAUGUAAGCCCUUUGAAAGGAAAAACAUGGGACAACAAGAGAUUAAAUCCUUUUUUUUUCUGGUGUUCCAGAUGCAAAGCAGUAUCAUAAAUGAAUCCUCCCAAUCAGGAUUUUCAGGCCAGCAACAUGGAACUCCUAUAGCAGCCAUCUCUGGCUGCUGAAUUCACACUGUAGUCUGUGAUGAUACUCAAUAAAUGUUUUAAAGGCU